GACAGUUGACAUUGACAGUGGGGACACCUAUUCUGGCAAUUGGAAUUAAUUUGUCAAUAUCAUUUUUUGUCGUGAAAUUGUGUGUUGUAGGAGAAAGUAAUAUUAUUAAAAAAUGUCGUCAAAUAUUCAAAAGGCCCAGCAGUUGAUGGCGGAUGCAGAAAAGAAAGUAACAUCUCGAGGUUUCUUCGGAUCUCUAUUUGGGGGAUCAAGUCGUAUUGAAGAUGCAGUGGAAUGUUACACAAGAGCUGCAAACCUUUUUAAAAUGGCCAAGAGCUGGGAUGCUGCCGGUAAAGCCUUUUGUGAGGCUGCUAAUUUGCAUUCCAGAACUGGUGCUCGUCAUGACGCUGCCACUAAUUAUAUAGAUGCUGCAAAUUGUUACAAAAAAGCCGAUGUAUUUGAGGCUGUAAACUGCUUUAUAAAAGCUAUAGACAUUUAUACCGAAAUGGGUCGCUUUACAAUGGCUGCAAAACACCAUCAGACUAUUGCAGAAAUGUAUGAGACUGAUGCUGUGGACAUCGAAAGGGCUGUUCAACACUAUGAACAGGCGGCUGAUUACUUCAGAGGAGAAGAAAGCAAUGCUUCCGCCAAUAAGUGUCUUCUUAAAGUGGCUCAAUAUGCAGCCCAACUUGAAAACUAUGAAAAAGCAGUGGGAAUUUAUCAAGAAGUGGCUUAUGCAGCUCUGGAAAGCUCUCUUUUAAAAUACAGUGCAAAGGAAUACUUAUUCAGAGCUGCCCUUUGUCACCUUUGUGUUGAUGUACUCAAUGCACAACAUGCUAUAGAAAGCUAUAUUUCAAGGUAUCCCGCAUUUCAAGAUUCCCGUGAAUACAAACUUUUGAAAACCCUCAUAGAAAACAUCGAAGAGCAAAACGUAGAUGGAUAUACAGAAGCCGUCAAAGAUUACGAUUCAAUUUCUCGUCUUGAUCAGUGGUAUACUACAAUUCUUUUACGUAUUAAGAAACAAGUAAGCGAAAGCCCUGACUUACGUUAAGACGUAUUUAGAAAUUUCUUAUUAAUAUUUCUUUAAGUGUUAUUUAAGAGACCCAUAGUUUAUUUAUUGUUGGAUUAUUAUUUGAGUAUGUCGGUAUACAUGAAGUGAUUUAACCUUCAUAUAGCAUUUUUAAAUAUGGAAGCGAUACAUUUAACAUUCAUUUUUUACAAAAAAAAUUAGUAUAGCAUUUUGCAAUUUAUGGUUUCUAAGGAUAAAGUUAUCAAAUGAGCAAAUUCACUUAAGUUCUAACAUGUUCGAUAGUAUAAUAAGAUUAACGAUACUUUUAACGAUAUAUCUGUAUAAAUAUUCAAUGAAAAUACGUAAGUAUUAAGCAAUUACCAACUAAUAUUAUUAUUUGCUCAUUUAGGUUCUCAUUUUUCAAUUUUUGAAAUUGUUAUUCUUGCUAUUAGAGUAAAAAGACUUAACAAUAACAGUUGGUACUACAAUUGCUUACUAUAUUAGCAGGCAAAUCUUGGUUAUCACAACACCAUCUUAUAUCAGACUUUAGAAACAGCUUGUAAAAUUAUAUAUAAUGAGCACUGUUAUAUUGAUUCUUUUAAAUAUUUUCUCAUCAUCUAAAGGUGCGAACUGACUUGAGCAUUUUUCUCCGAACGAACUGAAUGAGCAGAGCGUGCUGUAGCAAAUUGCUCUAGUCUCUAGUCAGUACGUGUUCACGAGCAAAAUUCUGCUGAACUGAAUUUUCGGAGGAGUGUCGGUAAUCGUUGAAAGAUCAAAAGCUAUCAUUUGUUCUUUUGUGCUCAAUAGCUACAGACAUUUAGUGUAUUUGGUGUGUUCCGAUUGAUUUAUAUGAGCCCUUUUCUGUAGUAUGUAAUCCAAUCAUCAUAAUCAUUCAACUCGGAUCUAUCCACUGCUGGAUGUAGGUCUCCCUCAGUCUGUUCCAUGUAUUUCUGUUUUGUGCUGUUUGCAUCCAAUUUUUGUCGAGCCGUUUUAUGUCAUCAGACCAUCUUGUUGGCGGAUGACCUCUACUUCGAUAUUCUUGUUGUCAUGGUAUCCAGUGUAUUAUUCGCUGUGUCCAUUUGUUAUUCGACAUUCUAGCUAUGUGUCCAGCCCAGUUCCACUUUAGGGUCAUAAUUAUUUCUAUAGCAUCUGUCACUCCUGUUCUUCGUCUUAUUUCCUUGUUUGUAAUUCGAUCCCUACGAGAAAUGUGUAAUAUUGAGCGUUCCAUGGCUCUUUGGGUAACACAAAUUUUAUUUCUUACUUUGUUGGUUAUUGUUAAAGUUUCUGCACCAUAUGUAAGUACUGGCAACACACACUGAUCAAAGACUUUCCUUUUGAGACAUACAUAUGUGUAAUCCAAUACACGGGCAAUAUUAUCAUAAAAUAUAGAAAAUGAUGCAUGGAUAUUAAUAGCUGAAGUAGGAUGUACCUCCAAAGAAGCAAAGAAAAAGUCAUAUUUAUAUGAAUCUCCUGUCGCUAUUAACCACAAAGUAACAGUUAAGCGAUCUCGAAGAGAUAUAUAUUAUACCUUUUCGAAAUGUUUUGCAAUUGUAGGACCUACUAUAGUCCGUCCCAUCUUGACUUUACAGUAUAGGGAACAAAGGCAAUGCAGUCCUUAUGAGAAUUUUUAGCGCGGUGAUGCCGAUUUUACCAAAAACAUUUGUACUCGAACAUUAGAGAGAUUAAAUUAAACAUGUUUUAGAAAGAUAAUUUACAAUUUUAAAAUUCGUAUGCGUUUAAGUUUAUUUAAUAUACUAUAGUUAUUACGCAUAUGAAUCCUAAAAUUGUAGAUUGCCUUUCUAAAACAGUGUUAAUUUAAUCUCUCUAAUGUUCGUUUACAAUUUUUUGAUAAAAUCGGCAUUGCCGCGUUAAAAACUCUCGUAGGGACUGAAUUACCUAUGUUCCCCAUACUGUAAAGUCAAGGUGGGACGGACUAUGGACAUAUUAAUUUUUUCAGUCUUCUGCAGACAUUCGAGUGAAAUCUUUAAAAUGAAAAGUCUUUAUACCUCGUCAACCGAGUUAUUUUGUUACAUCUUAAAAACAACCUCCUUAUCCAAUGUCUUUUUGAUGUUCUUUUUAUUUCUUUUUAUUUGUAAUAAAUUGUAAACACUUCGAAUAACCUAAGCAAAAGAAUAAGGUUCGUUCAGAAGAAAAUGCUCUAGUCCAGGCCUUCUUAAACUAUGGGUCGCGACAAUUUUAUUUAUAUUUAUAUUAUAAUUAUAUGCGUCGCCAGAAAACUCACAAUCAUAAAUGGGGGUAGCGAAUGAAAAAAGUUUAAGAAGCCCUGCUCUAGUCAGUGCUCACCCUUAUAUCAUUACAUGCUUUGUUUUAGAAUGUACUUAUAUUAGGCAGAAUAAUUAUUAUUUUAAUAAAGACUUUUUUGUAAAAACUUAGUUUUUAAGGAGUUUUCCAUUGUUCUGUUUUUUAUCCCUGAGACCAUUAUUAGCCACAUCUUACCAAUAGUCUAGUCGCAACAUAGGGGUCCCGUGAGAAAUUCUAGCUCGCCGUGAUUUGAAGGUGGUAUUAUGCGUUUUUUGGGUCGUUGAAUCCAAUGGAAGUGGUCUGGAAGCCCAAAUGUGGUGCGUUUAAUUGUUAUUAACAGAUUAUGGUAAAAUUAUGUGUUUUUCAGGAAUUAUUAGAAGCCCUGUAAAUAAAUUGAUAGUGUUAAGGUCUUCUCUGGUGUAUUUUUGGUCGCUGAAUCGAAUGCUAUUAGUCGCGAUCACUCAAAAUGUGUUCUUAUUUUGUUAAUAACAAAAUAAUUGUUUAUUCGCCGAAAAGCUCGAAAUGCGCUAUCUACAGCAAGUUUGUAGUCUUUUUCAUAGUAUUUUUAUACGCUAAAUCGAUUGCCACUAGUCGUGAUAGCUUAAAUCACGUUCCGACUUUGUCAUUAAUAAAUUACUGCAAAAAUAACGGUUUAUAGUAGGUUCACUGGCGGUUUUUGCUCUAAAUUUUAAAAAACCACUUGGAAUGACAUGAAAUUUGGCAUACACGUAGCUAACAUGUCAAACAAAACAAGUGAUAUUGUGCCGAUGUGUGCUUUUACCCUGGGGGUGUCUCACCCCUUUUCGGUGGUGAAAAAAGAAACCUUUAAAAUAAGUCCAGAUGUGGAUAAACUGAUUAAUUCUAAACAACUUUUGUUCUAUACAGUUUUUUCACUAGUCAAUACUUUUCGAGUUAUUUGAUUUUUUUGUUGAAAAAUGAACAUAUUCACUCGCAAAUAACUCGAAAAGUAUUGACUUGUCAAAAAACUGUAUAGAACAAAAGUUGCUUAGAAUUAAUAAUUUAUCUUAUUCAGGACUUAUUUCAAAGGUUUCUGUUUUCACCCCCGAAACGGGCUGAAAGUCACCCCCAGGGUAAAAGCACACAUGGGCACAAUAUCACUUGUCUUGUUUGACAUGUUAGCUACGUGCAUGCCAAAUUUCAUGUCAUUCCAAGUGGUUUUUUAAAAGUCAGAGCAAAAACCGUGAGUAAACGUACUAUAAACCGUUAUUUUUGCAAUAAUUUAUUAAUAAUAAAGUCGGAACGUGGUUUAAGCUAUCACGACUAGUGACAAUCGAUUUAGCGUAUAAAUAUACUAUAGGUUUGUUCCAACCAGAGUCGGAAACAAGUUGCGGACGUCAGGAUUCUGUGCAAUAACAUAAAACCGAAUGCUUUUAGGUUAUUGCGCAGAAUCCUGACGUCCGCAACUUGUUUCCGACUCUGGUUGGAACAAACCUUAUGAAAAAGACUACAAACUUGCUGUAGAUAACGCAUUUCGAGCUUUUCGGCGAAUAAACAAUUAUUUUGUUAUUAACAAAAUAAGAACACAUUUUGAGUAACCGCGACUAGUUGCAUUCGAUUCAGCGACCAAAAAUACACCAGAGAAGACCUUAACACUAUCAAUUUAUUUACAGGGCUUCUAAUAAUUCCUGAAAAACACCUAAUUUUACCAUAAUUUGUUAAUAACAAUUAAACGCACCACUAUUAACAUCAGAUAUGCAGACGACACCGCGAUCAUGGCUGAAAAUAUCGAAGAUCUUCAAUUCCUUAUUGAUCGAGUCACUAGAGAAUGCUCCAAUAACGGACUUAACAUAAAUGCAACAAAGACAAAGUUACUUGUGGUUAGUAAACAAGACGUCGGCCCUAUGCAACUAAUUGUCAGUGAUGAAUCAAUAACAAAAGUUAACCAUUUUAAAUACCUAGGAUGUUGGAUAAACGAGACACUAAAUCCGGAUGAAGAAAUUAAAACUCAUAUAGAAAUUGCAAGAGGAGCAUUUAUGAAACUUAGAUCUAUUCUGAGCAACUCUCAGCUGAACUUACAACUAAGAAUCAAGUUCCUAAAAUGUUAUGUGUAUCCUGUAUUACUAUAUGGAUGUGAAACCUGGAUCAUGAAGGUUAACAUGAUAAACAAAUUAGAAGCCUUUGAGAUGUGGUCGUAUCGUAGAAUGCUCAGAAUAUCUUGGGUUCAACGCAUUUCAAACAGAGUAGGUCAAGGCGAAGGUGACUUAAUGAAGAUGAUAAAAAAGAGAAAACUUGAAUAUCUGGGGCAUAUAAUGAGAGGUAGCAGAUACAGGAUGCUGCAGUUAAUACUCAAUGGAAAGAUCGACGGAAAAAGGGGAAUUGGUCGAAAGAAAUAUUCAUGGCUCCGAAACCUUCGUCAAUGGACUGGCUUAUCAGCAGAUCAAUUGUUACAUGCCGCACAAGAUCGAGAACGAUAUCAGCAAAUUGUUAUGGAAGCUACCCACGCCUAAAAAUUUGGGCACGGUACUUAAAGAAGAAGAAGCACUACAUUUGGGCUUCCAGACCACUUCCAUUGGAUUCAGCGACCCAAAAAACCUAUAAUACCACCAUCAAAUCGCGGCGAGCUAAAAGUGCCCACGGGGACGGGACCCUCUAUGUUGCGACUAGACUACAACCUUACACAUUCGACUACGGUGGUAUUAAUUUAAAGAUUGCUGCAGGUAUAUUCUUUUUUGCUACAUCAAUUUCUUUUUGAUGAUUUUUCAGUAAAAUUUUUUAACUAUGAGCCCACUUUGCAUUUAUUUGCAAUCUCUUCCGUCCCUAUCUCCUUUUUGGUACAAUUUAGGAUAUCCUUGAAUACCAUUAUUCUGUUUUCCUAUUCAUACAAUUUAAGAGGGUCAUAAGAAAGUUGCAAUACAGGGAAAGGGUCAAGAAUGUGCAAAAAUAUUGUUAGAUCGAGAAAUAUAGAAGCACAUUGGAAAGGUCACUUUUUUUGUUUUGUUUUUCUUAUUUUUAAUAUCAUUUUCGCAAUCACGCAAUUAAUUUCCACAUCCAAGAUUUUUAGAAAUGUGUUAUUUGGUUUCCUAAGUCCUUUAUUUGUUUUUAUUAUUUAUUUUUAUUAUUUUUGUUUUAAUUGAUUUAAUAUUUCGACUUAUAGGAGAUUUAAUAUUUCGUCAAUUAGGUGUUGACUUCACCAGUAGUGCGAUGGUGCAGUCAUUAACACACUUACUGCCACCUAUUUAUUAGUUAAUCACUAUUGGUGCCACAUAUACAGGGUAGCGAAAAAGUAUGGCAACACGGUAAUAUCCCGGAAACCGCUAGAACGAUUUUUAUAGAUUUUGGUGGGUAAGGGUCUUCUAAUGCGGCCGAUAUUAUAGUGGUAAUUACAUUGUUGUCAAAUCUUCCGUUUUUCUGGAAAUCUAAUCUGUCUAAAAACAAGGAAAUCCUUGAAAUGCAAAAGGAAAUGAAUGAAGCACAUUCAAGGAAGAUCGCGGCUCAGCAACAAGAUCUAGAAACUAUUAAAAUUACCGACAAGUUUAUAGAAUCGUUGCAACAACAAAUAGCAACGUUACAACAAGAGCAGGAACAAGAUAAAGUAACAAAGGAAGAAAAUUAUAGACUUCAGUUAUUGGUCAACGAGCUGGAAAGGAAGGCUGGUCAAGUUGUCGACUUGAACAAUACAAAUCUAAUGUUAAGAAAGGAAAAUUUCCGGCUUAAAAAUGAAAAGAGACAACUCAAAACAGUAUCCAGGAUUUGAGAGGUAUGUUUUUUAUUCUAUUUAUUUGUUGAGUAUAGAGUGAGUUUUAUGUAUGGAAACCCUCAAUUCUCUCGGAAAGGGCUUGCACGAUUUUUAUAGGUUUUGGUGGAAAAGGGUUUACUAAUGCGGCCGAUAUUAUAGUGUUAAUUACAUUGUGGUCAAACUUUCUUAUUUUAAAUGGAACACCCUAUAUAUUUUUUGCGUUUUUUAAGUCCUUAAGAAGUACUGAUUCUUUUUCAUGUAAGUAAGUAAGUAAGGUAUGCUUUAUUGUCAUAAAAUUUUACCAAUUUGUGGACAAAGCUUAUACAAAAUAAAAAAAUACAAUAAAAAACUACAGACAAAACAGAAACAGACACCAAGUAAAUGGCAUGAGGUAUACUACUUAAUAUAAUUUUACAGUUAUUAAGUACAAAUUAAAAAUUUUGCAAACAAUAUGUAUACAACGUCAGAGCAAAAAGAAGGCGAACAAGAAAAAGGGAAAGUAAAUCAAAAGUUCUAUGCCGCUGCAAAUAUGUACAAAAGUACUCGAAAGUAAUAAUCCUGCAAGUCAAUUUGCUGAAUUCAAAUCGUUUAUAAAAAAGUCAUUCACUGUAUAAAAAGCUCUCUCUAGCAAAUAAGCUUUCAAGGCCUUGCGAAAAGCGGGAAAUGCUGUAAUAGAUUUGAUGUUAGAUGGCAGGUGAUUGUGCAUUUUUCUCGAAUUGUAUAGUAUAGAGCACUUAACCAGCUCAGACCGUGGGGUUGGCAGAUAAAGACUAUGCUCCACGUUUCUAAGGGGAUAGUUGUGAGUGGGUCUCUCUGGACCUUCUGAUGCAUGUUUGCGGAUUAAACAAACGGAUUCAAAAACAAACAAAGAAGGAAGAGUUAAUAUUUUAAAUUUUUUAAAGAAUUCUUGGCAAUGAACUCUGCUAUUGAGUCUCAGGGAGUAACGAAGAGCUCUCUUUUGUAGUUUAAAAAUACGCUCAAAUUGAGUCGCACAACACGUACCCCAGAAUGGAAGGGCGUACCGAAGAUGAGACUCAAAAAGGGCAUAAUAAACGGUCCUAGAUGUUGACAAAUGUUAUAUUCUCUAUACAUAAAUGCCAUAAUUUCAGAGAUAUUGCUACAUUCAUUAAAAAAAAUUUAAACAAAUUAUAAAAAUCAAUUUUUUCGGCCCGGGUAGACAUUAUUUUAGGUUCUUUGAAUCAUUGGCAACAGAAAAGUUCUUUCCGUAAUUUUCGUUUCUGAGUUAUAGACAAUUUAAAACUAAAAAAAAAAUCGGAAAAUGGCGAUUUUCUUGGUUCAAAAUCACAAGUAAAAAAUAUUAUUUUUGAAACUACGAAGUACCUAAAUUCAAGUUCAAACCUUAUUGUAUCAGCUACCGAUAAGUGAUUUGGUCUUAUUUCAUUUUAAAACAUUAUUUUUUAGUUGUUAAUGCCCGUCCUCUCAGAUGCGCUUCAUUAACAAUUAAAAAAACAAUAGUUUAGAAUAAAACGUGCCAAAAAUUCUUAUAGGGAGCAGAUAGAAGGUUUGAGCUUGAAUUUAGGUACUUCGUAAUUUUAAUAAUUAUUUUUUUACUUGUGUUUUUGAACCUUAAAAAUCGUCAUUAUUUCGAUAUUUUUCAGUUUUAAAUUAUUUAUAACUCGGAAAUCAUUAACUUUAGAAGAAAAUUACAAAAGACCUUUUUUAUUCCCAAUGAUCCAAAGAACCUAAAAUAAUGUCUACCCUGGCCGAAAAAAUGUAUUUUUCUAAUUUGUUUAAUUUUUUUUUACAAAUGUAGCAAUAACUCCGAAAUUAUGGCAUUUAGGCAUAGGGAAUAUAACAUGAAAAAUAAUCAGUAUUUCUUAAGGACUUUAAAACGUAAAAAAUAUACAGGGUGUUCCACUUAAAAUAAGAAAGUUCAUUAGAUUUCCAGAAAAACGGAAGCUUUGACAACAAUGUAAUUACCAUUAUAAUAUCGGCCGCAUUAGAAAACCCUUACCCACCAAAAUCUAUAAAAAUCGUUUUAGCGGUUUCCGAGGAAUUACCAUGUUGCCAUAGUUUUUCGCUACCCUCUAUAUAUUCAGUAACAUUAGUAGGGAGCCAAUACGAAAUUUGAAAUCCUGUCUGUGUAGAGUUUAGGUGGGCGUACUACUGACGACAGCGUUUCUCAUCGGCCAUGGUUCGUUCCGGGGGCUGUAAUUAUUGGUAGAGCUCACUGGCAAAAAAACCUAUUUAUUUCCACAAUUUGUGAACGUCAGAAGGCGACAGUGGCACCCUACUCACGCACGCAAGACGCCUUUUGGCGACAGGUGGCAGCGAAUGGGUUAAUAGAAUCAUUUUAUUUUGAAACGAGAUCCCUAAAACACGCAAACACUAUUGUACAUAUCAUACAAUACCAUCAAGAUGCAGUAUGUAUGGAAUAUAUUAUAAAUGUAGACUUCAGUUAAGUCAGCCGAAUGAGUCAAAUGAUACUCAGUAAAAACUCCCGAAGUAGGUGAACUUUGGUUUUCAGGGAAAUAAUGUGUUUAUGUAAAAAAUCAACCGGUGAUAACAUGUGUCCUUGUCGGAUACCUUUCUUGAUUUGUAUACUUUGAUUUUGUAUCUUUGUGUACCUAAUCUUACGGUCAUGGGUGCAUUAUUGUAUAUAUGUUUCCGAUCAGUUUGGACUACCGAUAAUCUAUAAGGUUUUCAUUGCGUUGUUAAUUUCUAUAGUAUCUAAUGCUUUCAAAAAGUCUAACCAGUGGUUAGUUGUAUUUGAAGGAUCUUAGAUAUUUCAUUAUCCAGAAAUAUUCAAUAUAAUAAUACUAUACUGGAACAUUAACAGAAAAUAUUACUAAUAAAAUUCCGACAAAAAAUCUUUCUUGCAUUUUUUUCAUAGGAGGAGCCGUUUUUAUACAAAAAAACAUAACAUCUUAAUGCUUACAAAGUAUUCGAGGUAGUUUCCAUAAUAUAUGUAUAGAAACUUAGUUCAAAUACUUUGUAAACGUUAAGAUGUUUUAUUUUUUGCAUAAAAACGGUGCCGCAUAUGAAAAAAAGGCAAGAAAGAUUUUUUGUCGUAAAUUUAACGAGCAAUUGAAAAAUGAUUUUUAAUUUGACAUCUCAGUGGCGUACUAUUUUUUCUUAAAACGCGACUAGUCGCAUUCGAUUCAGCGACCAAAAAUACACCAGAGAAGACCUUAACGCUAUCAAUUUAUUUACAGGGCUUCUAAUAAUUCCUGAAAAACACCUAAUUUUACCAUAAUUUGUUAAUAACAAUUAAACGCACCAUAUUUGGGCUUCCAGACCACUUCCAUUGGAUUCAGCGACCCAAAAAACCUAUAAUACCACCAUCAAAUCGCGGCGACCUAAAAGUGUCCAUGGGACCCCCUAUGUUGCGACUAGACUAUCAGCAAUGUUGCCGAUUUUAUCGUUUCCUUCAGUCGCGUAUCUCGAAUCGAAAACUAAACGUAUGGUAUCAAAAUGUGUCCCUUGAAAACCAAAGUUGCACGCAUUUCGCGAUUUUUUACAGUGCCAAUAUCAUAUGACGUGUGUAUAUACCAAUAACGACAAAAAACAUUGGCCAGACUUGUUCACCAUAAUAAUGUAAUUACAUUUGCCUAUAUAUCUUGUAAGUUCUUUGUAUAUAUAUAUUUGAGUAAUGCUAGGUGUGGCUUCCAUAGUUAUAUAUUUAUAACCUUCCGCCAGUAAAGAUACAAUUGUCUAGUACAUAUGUUUUUGAAUAUUGUGUUACGUAUUUAGUUGAUUUAUGAAUUAUGUGUUAUAAAACUUGAUCAUUACUUGAAUCUAACUAUUAGUAGUAUUGACUUUGUUUUUAUACUGUUACGAUAUUUAUUAAUAAACACGGGUUCGUCAACCACUAUUUUUAUUUCGAUAGCAAUAUUCCUAUUAUACUUAAAACUGAUCAAAUAUGCUCAAAAAUAUCGCCCACCCGGAAGAAAAGUGACACAACUCCAAAAAUGCAUAAAUCUUGUUAAAUUUACCCCAAAGAUGAUGGCGGUACUGUCAUUAUUAAUUUGGCGGUAAAAUGAAUAUUUUUAUUCCGGAACAAUGACACUUUUUAGGUUAUGACGUUCGACGUAAACGUAUCGUUUUUUGUCACGAAACCCUUUGUAUUUCGAGAAGUGUUCUAGAUAUUUGUCGUUAAUGUUUAAAAAAGUGACCAAUGGUUUAAAAUUAAAGUGACAUAACUCAAAAUGUUAUCUUUUUUUGUUAAAUGAGAUAUCAUAGAUUUUUUGGUUUUGUUUCUUACACAAUUAGAAAAAUUUACUUAUCUAUAUUCUUCGUUUUUAAUUUAUAAAUUUUAGCAGUUGCCAUUGAAAACUUGCAGUUCUAAUUAAGAUCUAAAAUAUCCAUUUUUGUGUCUCAUGAAAAAGUUAUUUUUUGAAUUGCGACAAUUUUCUUCCGGAUGAGCGAUAUAAUGAUAAAAAUGUUAGCGCAAAACUAUAAUUAUAUCACUCUUUAACUGUUAUUCUAAGUCUACUUUACACUAGUACUUUAUUAUGUAGUCGAAUUCAGGUACUGACUGUUUUAACACCAAAAAUGUAGUAUAGUCGACCAUUUUCUUCUUUUGCAAACACUUCGAAUCUAUCAUUUCAGUCGACAUCAUUAGCUGUCGCAAGAAUGUUACGAUUGAGCGAAGAGACAGUCUUAAAAAGUCUUUAAAUGACAAAAAUUUCAAGCUAAACAGGUGGAAAGGACUUAUUUGCUAUAUUACUUUGCUGUCUGAUCAUCUUGCCAAAGACCACUCACUUGAGUAGUGUACUCGACCGAUGAGCGAACGAAUAGCAAAUUCUACAAAAUUGUUAGCCUAGGGCCAACUAGGCUUUAUACAUAAUCAUUUUUUUAUUUCUGCGACACCUUCUAGCUUCAUAGUUAUCCUGCUCGUAUCAAUUAAGGUCGACAAGUUUUAUUUUAUCUUAAAGAUAAAUAUUAUAUCCAUUUUUUGAACGUAUGCGCAUCUCUGUCUUUUUCAGAUCCAUCUUUUCUACACACACCCAAACUUAUAUAGAAUCAUCUGAUAUUUCUUACCAUUUCGUGCGAAUUUAGAAAAACGAACACACGAAGUCAAACAAUAUUUAUUUUAAAGCAGUUUAAUAACAAAUACAUAACAAUUAAAUAAAACAAUAAACUAUUUAACAAACAAAUUGAAAGUAGUUGUUUAAAAGUCAAUAGUGUACAAAAUUUCAAUGUAAAACGAAUAUUAUUUAAAUUGUUUUUAUUUUUUUUGUAUUUUGUGGUAGUCAGUGUUAUCACCUCUAGUCCUUAUGCAAGCUUCAGUUUGCGCGGGCACGCUCCUAAUCAAAUUGUCAACAUUUUGCUGUGGUAGGUUGCUCCAUCCUUUAAGAGCAGCUUUUACUAGCCGUGCUGUGUUUUGUGGAUUAUCCCGGCGAGCUCUAAUUUUUCUUUUAAGCAUAUCCCACAAAUACUCUAUAGGAUUAAGCUCCGGUGAGCAAGCAGGCCACUCCAAACAAGGGAUACCUUCUGCUUCAAUAAUGUCUGUAGUCACUCUAUUGGUAUGUAGAGGUCCAUUAUUAUGCAAUAAAAUUAAAUUUUCUCCUGUUGCACCUCUCCAGAGCCUGAUUACAGGUUAUCAACAUACCUGUGAGCAGUUAAAGUUGAUUGGAUGAAAAUUAAAGGAGUUUUUUUACGGAUCACAAUUCCUCUCCAGAACAUUACACUUCCCAUUUUAUAUUUGUGAACAGAUCUGACAGUUUUCGUGCUUGCUCGUCUUCCUCGACUUCUAAGUACAUGAUUUCGUUCCAGUUUUGGUGGUGAAGACACCAAUUUAGCCGAUCAGUCUUGUGCUGCCUGGAUAACUCGAGAACCCAUAACUGUCUCCUGCUGUAUACUUCUUGACACGAACUCUUCUUCUUAUCGUUUCAACUGAAACAGUUACAUCUGUAGCUUCCAAAAGCUGCCUUUGGAGCUGUAGGUGAGAAAUGGUUGGGUGUCUUCCAGCUGAUUGGACAAUUAAAGGACUUUCCCUUGCUUUAUUUUUGAGCUUUCCUAGUUCCUGUUACCUAGCAUAGGUUUUGGACAGAACGCCCUGUAUUACGUCUAGUAUUUGUUUAUUUUCAAUAAAAACCUUUAUUCUUCGCAACAAUAACAAGUUUUUUCAAAGGAAAUAAAUAUUAAUUUAAUACAUGGUGAUUCCAUGUAAGUUUAGGUAUGUGUAGACUCCAUCUUCUUUCUUUCUUGUAUUUCUGUGUUGGGCAAUAUAUUAUAUUAUCUACUUCUCUCAUCUUUUGCUAAGUGAUAUGACCUGUAAAUUUUCAUUUUAGUUUUACUACUUCUCUUCAUUUUUUUUUUCGGUCUUUUGUUCCGACAUCAUCGAAGAACUGAUUUGAAGAUCUGUUUCCAUGUCUGAAUUUAUUUCAUUCUAGUCAUUCAUAUAUUUUUAUUCUAUUAUUUCUAUAUCCAACAAUAUUUAUUCUUUGUGAGACGCAUUGUAUACAACGCGCCAAAAAGUAACGCAUAAAUUCAAUUCUUCGUAAACCGACGACUUUGAGGAAAAAUCCCGAAACAGGUCGAUUUUUAUUUUUAAAUUACGAUUUUUUGGGCGUAUAUAUCAUACUAAUGACGUCAUCAAUCUAGGCGUGGUAAUCAAUGAUUUUUUAAAAUGAGAAUAGGGGUCAUGUGAUAGCUCAUUUGAAAGGGUAUUCAAUUCUCUAUUCACUAAUAUAAACAUUAGCCUAAUUAUUUAUACAGGGUGUCAAAUUAUUGACACAAAAAGAUGAAUGUAUGCAAUUUAUUUAAUUCUAAAUACAGUUUACUGCUGUCAGAAAACAGAAGAAAAAAAUUAUUUGAAAAAUAAACAUUAAUUUUCGCUUAAACGAAAUGUUCAAACUGACAACGAGGCACGUGGUUGGCAGCUUUAACAUUGAAUUUAAGUGAAAAACAAUAUUUAUUUGUUAAAUAAACAUUUUUUCCUAUUUUCUGACAACAGUAAAACGUAUUUUGAAUUAUAUAAAUUACUUAUAUUCUUCUUUUUGUCUCAAUUAAUUUAAUUUAAAAAAAAUUUUUUUAACACCCUGUAUAAAUAAUUAUGUUAGUGUUUAUAUUAUUGAAUAUAUAAUUGAAUACCCUUUCAAAUGAGCUAUUGCAUGACCCCUAUUGUAAUUUAAAAAAAUCAUCGAUUACGUCAUCACGCCCAGAUGGAUGACGUCACUAGUAUGAUAUAUAUGCUAGAAAAUCUAAAUUUAAAAAUAAAAAUCGACCUGUUUCGGGUUUUUUUCUUAAAGGAGCCGGUUUACGAAAUAAUGAAUUUAUGCGUUACUUUAUGGACGCACUGUGUAAUACUGUACUUACUUGAUAUACUCAUUCAGGUCACUAUGUCUUGUAUUGAAAGUAAUGAACAAGUACCCUGAACAUAAUCGUCUUCUACCACUUUCUAAUUCAAGAACUUAUAAGCAAUUAUUAAAUAAUGAAGGAACUUGCAAUCUACAUGUAGCAUAGCAUUAAACCACUUAUAUUAUUUUAAAAGUAUAAGACAACGAUGUAAUUUGCUUCAGUACUUUGAUAACUUUAGGGCAAAAGCUUUUUAUACAUAUAUUUUAACUAUAUUAUAUUUUAGAUUUUGAAGUAUAUUAGAAUAACUACGAAAUGUGAAAAUAGCCCCGAUUUGUAUGUGCAUACGAACGUAGAUUACGUACAGUACAUAGGAUAUGCACAGAUCCCAGCACGAACCAAGGCCGGUGACAAACGCUGUCGUCGGUCGUACACCCACCUAGACUUGACGCAGACAGGAUUUCUUUCACCGGCCAUGGUUCGGUCGGGGAGCUGUAAUGUAAUGUAAACGUUGUACAAGAAAAGAAAAAUUUCAAAAUUCCUACUUUGUGAUAAUUGACAUUUUAUGCUUGAUUUAUGUUUGUUUUUUGUUUUGAUUUAAUAAACAUAUAUUUUUUUACCUUA